GCUCACGCACAUUCUCAUUCCCCAACGCGCGUUUCAUUCCACAACUAAUCGAGGUGUGCUACUGAUCGGUGGCGUUUUUUCGCAGCGGCGUUUCAUCGUACACGGUACAUACCGGCCGUCUAACCCACAUUUCUUACGUUUACAAGAGUUUAUACCACAGAUUGCCAAAUGUACCGCCUACCUGCAACCCUUCGGCUGAUCGGCCUGCGGCGCUGCAAUGCUGCCCAGAUCCAGCGCUUUUACGCCAAGGACGUCCGAUUUGGUUCGGAGGUCCGCGCGAUGAUGCUGCAGGGCGUUAACGUGCUCGCUGAUGCCGUUUCAGUCACAAUGGGACCCAAGGGACGUAAUGUAAUCAUUGAACAAUCCUGGGGUUCCCCUAAAAUCACCAAAGACGGCGUUACCGUAGCUAAAGGAGUCGAGCUGAAGGAUAAAUUCCAGAAUAUCGGCGCCCGCCUCGUGCAGGAUGUCGCUAAUAAUACCAACGAAGAAGCUGGUGAUGGCACAACCACCGCCACUGUCUUAGCCCGCUCAAUCGCUAAGGAAGGUUUCGAAAACCUCGGCAAAGGCGCAAAUCCCGUCGAGAUCCGUAAAGGUAUCAUGAUGGCCGUUGAUCAAAUUAAAGACACGCUGAAGAAACUCUCGAAACCAGUCACUACUCCUGAGGAAGUCGCGCAGGUAGCCACCAUUUCAGCAAAUGGCGACGCAACCAUCGGUCAGCUCAUCUCUGAUGCUAUGAAGCGUGUUGGUAAAGAGGGAGUCAUCACCGUCAAGGACGGAAAGACCCUAAACGACGAACUGGAGGUUAUUGAAGGCAUGAAAUUCGACCGUGGAUACAUCUCGCCCUAUUUCGUCAACAGUACCAAAGGAGCUAAGGUAGAAUACCAGGAUGCGUUGUUACUCCUCAGCGAGAAAAAGAUCUCGAGCGUGCAAAGCAUUGUCCCAGCUUUAGAAUUGGCUAAUUCUCAGCGCAAACCUUUGAUUAUCAUCGCUGAAGAUGUCGAUGGUGAGGCAUUGACCACCUUGGUGGUGAACCGUCUGCGUAUUGGACUUCAGGUGGCUGCUAUCAAGGCGCCAGGUUUCGGUGACAACCGUAAGGCUACACUUUCUGAUAUGGCUAUCGCCAGUGGCGGUAUUGUCUUUGGGGAUGAUGCCAACAUUGUCAAGUUGGAAGAUCUCAAAUUGGCUGAUCUUGGAAAGGUUGGCGAGAUUGUUAUCACCAAGGAUGAUACUUUGAUUCUGAAGGGAAAAGGCACCAAGGAACACAUCGAUAAACGCGCUGAAGAGAUCCGUGACCAGAUUGAGAACACCACAUCUGAAUAUGAAAAGGAGAAAUUACAGGAACGUUUGGCUCGUUUGGCUUCCGGUGUAGCUGUGUUGAAAAUUGGUGGCAGCAGUGAGGUGGAGAUGAACGAGAAGAAAGACCGUGUUAAUGAUGCGUUGAACGCUACCAGAGCAGCUGUUGAGGAAGGUAUUGUACCCGGUGGUGGCACCGCUUUGAUCAGAUGCAUCAAGACCUUGGAUAGCAUUAAAGCAAUCAACAGUGAUCAGGCGACUGGUGUGGAAAUUGUCCGCAAAUCACUGCGCGUGCCUUGCAUGACUAUUGCAGCUAACGCUGGUGUCGACGGUGCACAAAUUGUCGCCAAGGUGGAAGCCAUGGAUGGUGAUCAUGGUUAUGAUGCGAGAAACAAUGAGUUUGUUAACAUGGUUGAGAAGGGUAUUAUUGAUCCCACCAAGGUUGUAAGGACUGCUUUAACUGAUGCUUCCGGUGUUGCAUCCCUCCUGACGACAGCCGAGGCCGUGAUCACAGACAUCCCCAAGGAAGACCCACCGAUGCCAGGCGGUGGCAUGGGUGGUAUGGGAGGAAUGGGCGGUAUGGGUGGCAUGGGCGGCAUGAUGUAAACCGUCACACACCAACCACACAAACCUCUUCAUCACUUCUCAAGGGUACAAACCAAAAUUAACUAUUUCCACAUACACUAACACCGUGCAGCCAGUUCUGUCUGCGUUGAUAACCACCAAACGUGCGUCACAACUCAAUUUUUUACUACGUACGAAAUUUGUGACGAAAUUGUUUGUGUUUCUUGACUCGAAACGUUCCCAAAUAUCAGUCAUGUGUCAAUCAUCGCAUCAUUCUUGAUCAUCAAAUUCAUCGUGUGCCUGUUCUAUGAAUGCGAAAUUUUCUGCAUGUGUGAAUGCGUAGACUCUUCAAUGCCGACUUCCAUUAUUUUUGGCGGGAGAGACUAAUGUGUAUAUUGUGUGCGUACAUUAUUAUAAAUGGAAAGCGCAUUUUUUCCUCUUUUGUUUAGAAAACGUUUGCCGAGUAAAAUUCGGUCGAGUCAUUUAGUUAUUGGAAAGCGUGUUCGUACUAGUGUGCAUUGUGUAACUAAAUGUGAAACGCAGAACUACAUUUUGCCAACGACGAGACGAAUGUAAAUGUAAAUGAAACGAAUAUAAAAAUUUGUUAUAUUGUAUAGUGUUGUUUCAUAUGUGAAGCGGCUGCAAUUGCAUUGAUUGUGCAUUUCGUAGUUUUUAGAGGACAAAUAUCUUGUUUUAAAUAAAAUAUUUUUGUUUAUAAA